UCUCAAUAACACACACACACAGAGGUUUCUAAGCAUUUACAGAAAAUGCUUGCUGAAGCACCUUCUAAAUGUAGCUCUUGCACUAUUUAGAGAGAUAGAACUAAAAAAAACAUUAAGAAUUAUCUGUGGUCAUAAAAAAACAAGCAAAGAUGCUUUAGUAAGCAAUUAUGGCCGCAGUGCAUGCUGUUUUGUGCCUUUUCUACACUUUUUACAAGUUACCUCACAGAAAGGUGUUACUGAUUUGGAGUGCUCCUAUUAGUCACAACAAAUGUUGAUAUAAAAGUGAGUAACCUGAAGCUAUUCCCAUGUUCAAUGUGUUAAAUAUAGCAGAGACACGGAAGUUCCCUGUUUGAACAAGUUAUAUGAUUUGCUUCAUUCAUGUCUGGAUUAUUUUGUGUGUAGGAAGUGAAACUGACUUUUACAUCCUUUGUUCCUUGUUACAAAGUACUUAUGAGUAAUCAGCUGCAUAUCAAGAGUACUUCUCCACAACUAGGACAACAUCCAAGCAGUGUUACUUGUUCCCUUUUCGCAGGAUACUAACAACUGGGAGUGAGUGAGUUAAAUAUCCUUUGGAAGAGUCUGAGUCCUGGCACCGGAGAGACCAGUGGUCCUUAUAAGCGCAGUCACUGCCUGAUCUGCUGGGAGCUCGGCUCUGGAAGAAAAAUAAGUCUGUGUCAGACUCCCAUCAUGGCAGGCUGCCCAAGGACCCUCCCUGUGCAGAGAGUUGCUAUAUUUGGAGGAACUCACGGCAAUGAAUUAUCUGGCGUCUUUCUAGUUAAACACUGGUUAAAAGAAGAUGGGGAAAUCACAAGACCCAGCAUGGAGGUGACACCAUUUAUUACGAAUCCAAAGGCUGUGGAGAAAUGUGUAAGAUAUAUCGACACUGACCUGAACAGAGCGUUUGAUCCGCAAAAUCUUGGGAAAGAAAACGCUCCCAACUUGCCAUACGAAGUGAAACGCGCUCAAGAAAUCAACUCCAUAUUUGGACCAAAGGGCAGUGUCUGUGCAUAUGAUGUGAUCCUGGAUCUCCACAAUACCACAGCACACAUGGGUGCGACAUUAAUACUUGAAGAUUCAUCAGAUGAUUUUACAAUCCAAAUGUGUCAUUAUAUCCAGAACGCCAUGGCUCCACUGAAGUGCUCAGUGUUGUUAAUUGACAAUCCUGGUAUGAAGUAUUCAACAACUCGCUCUAUAGCGAGACAUCCUAUCGGUGUGGAAGUCGGGCCUCAAGCACACGGAAUUGUUAGAGCCGAUAUUCUAGAUCUAAUGAGGAGGAUUGUGAAAUAUGCACUUGACUUUGUGCAGUGUUUCAAUGAAGGAAAGGAGAUCCCAAAAUGUAGUAUGGAUGUGUACAAAGUACUGGAAAAAGUAGAUUAUCCUAGGAAUGAGAGGGGCGACCUUAUUGGCGUAAUUCACAGAAAACUUCAGGACAAAGAUUGGCAAGCACUCAAUCCAGGAGACCCCAUGUUUGUAAAAGUAGACGGAGAAGUCAUAACAUACGACGGAGAAUACACUGUAUAUCCAACGUUUAUUAACGAAGCUGCCUACUAUGAAAAAAAACAGGCCUUUACAAAUACACAGAAAGUAACAUUAACUGCACAAGCUCUUAGAUGUACACAUGUAAAAUAACGCCAACAUGUCACAGUAUUUAAGUCCACACCAUUUCAGGUUACUUAUAGCAUUAUUUCUUAUAUUUUGAAGGAAAUCAGAGGAAAAAUAAUCACGGUUUAACCAGCGUACCUCAUAGAACUGUACUGGAAACUGUAGGCCAUGUAAACAAGUUUCUUUACCCUGCCAUAGGAAGGGUGACUUUUAUUGGCCAUUAUAUAAAUGAACUAGUUGACUACUCAAUUCAACAGGUUUAACCCCUUAUUAAUAAAUCAUAUGAUAUUUAUUUCAGGAACAAUCCAAAAGCUCAGAAUGGUGAAUACUGACUGGGUGAGUGAGGUUGGAGAAUAAAAAGUAGAAAGUUUGCCCCACAUUUACUGCUCACGCUCAGAGAUGAAUUGCUGAUUAACAUUCAUUUGGGUUGUCAGGCAGUAAGCCAACCUUCACAAGAAUGACUGGGCAGGAAAAAUAACCCACUUUCUACCAUGCGAUUUUAUGCAAAUAUAGAACAAGGCAAACAAAAAGUAAAUAGAGUGCAUAAAGUUUUUUUUUGUAGAUUUUUAAUACUGUACUGCAAUAACUUACUCAAUAAAAACUUUUAACCGAAGAAUCACAGAAUGUGUUGUAAGACGGUUUAGCUUUUUAUUAACCUCCACGAAAUCUGUAUUUCCGCUUAUAUUUUUUAAGGUUCUUUCCUUAUAGGUUCUAAAGCACCUCACUUUCUUUCCA